AUGUCUAGAUUUGUAGCCAGCAAAAGGAUAAACCUUGUGGGACUACAAGACCUCACAGAUCUCCAGUUGGACACUGCAAAGUUAAAGUUUUCUGGGUACAUGGAUUUGGCUCUUUGGGAUCCAUCAGAAGAUCAAGAUGUUAUAGAAGAAAAUGCUUUAAAUGAGAAAUCAUGCAUACAAGUGCUAAAGAUACUGUUAACCAAAGCCGAUACUGAAAUCAUCGACCUUGAAGAUGAUGUAGUGAUCCUCCAAAGCCAACUAGCCUGGGCUGAUGAAGAAUGGUCUAAAAUAUGCUCUUCUGCUUUGAGAGAAAGGAUUGACUGCCUUAAUAUUUCAAUUCAGAGCUUAAAGAGUAACAAUGUGCAAGAUGAGCAUGAUUGUGGUGUUUGUUUACUCGAGUGUAGAGAACCAGCUGAGAGAAUGCAUGAAAUAGUAAAGGGUCUACUCACUGCUGACUCUCAACCAAUAGACGAGCAGUCUGCGGUUGCUAUUACCAAAGAAUCAGGCUCGGACAUCAUGGGAGAGGCAACUGAUCUUUUGCUGGAUAAGAAUAGAUUGAACAAUUCUGCUUUGUGUACUGUCAAAAAGGAGAAAGUCAGGGACUUCACUAUCACUCCAGCAGAAAAUCAUGGGAUCUUAAACUUCCCUUUGAAGCAUCCAGGAAAGGAAAUCAAUUAUGCGGUACCUGUUAAGGUUUCCAUGCUAGAUUCUUCUAGACCUGUAGCUGCUUUCAGAAAUAAGAAGAAAAUAUCUACCAACUUUAUUUCAAAAGAAACUACAGAACUGGUAGCCACGAAAUAUGGUUCAACUCCCAAAGAGAAUGGUGUGACCCAACUGUCAUGUCUGAAGCCUCAGCUGAAGAGGAGAAAUCAUGUAGGAAGAGUUAAGUCCCAGAAAAGCAACCUUGAACAGACUCUGAACUCUGUUGUCCAGAAGUCGAGUUUAAAUGCUGAGAAACAUGCGAUCAGCCACACCAAGGAGGAGGGUAAACUUAGCAAUUCUUAUUCAAAAAGCUCUACUCCCUCGGUUCCAAUUUCAAAUUUAUCUUUGAAACCUGAAAAGAACAGAACAGUUGUGGAAGGAAAGGACAAGGAACAGCUUGAAGAUACUAAAAUCAAAGACUCAAACUCAAGCUCUUUCAGGCAAGUAAAUGGCAACACCACUGACUCUGAGAGGAAGUUUUUUAGUUAUUUUGGUUCAAAAGUUGAUAAGAAGCAGGGAGUUAGAAGUUCCGCUAAUGACAGCCAUAAAUUUUCAAGAUCAGUUUUGAAGAAUGUAGGGAAAGAAAUAAAUUUUCCAAGAAAAUUUAAGCCAGCAAAUGUUAUGGUAAAAGAUUCAAUGUCAGAAGCUCCAAAGCAUUCGGCCAGUGCAAAUGGGAUGAAAAAGUUGAACAAGUUAGACUUAGAAGUUAUUGAUAAUGGAGAAGUAAAAGAAUGCAGUUCUGCAGAGAGAAGCAAGAGUUUAGAAUCAUCUUUGGAGAUCAGAGGAAAUGAAACAGAUAUUGUGGAAACAGUCGAGCUUGCAGAUCCCAAAACAGAUGCUUUGAAACAUGCAACUGAAGACACUAAUGCAAACCCAAAAACAAGCAAAGGAACAGCAGCUGCUGCUCCUUGCAAGGUUGAUCCUUCAAAAUCUUCUUCAAAGAAAGAACAGAAUACAGUAAAAGCUCCACAGAGGGUGAAGAAUCGGAAGGCUAGUCUUACUUAUACAGAACACGCUGCUGCCGGUUCACUUUUAGAGCUGCUGAACCAUAGAAGAGAAGAUACAACCAAGCCGCAUCAAAAGAAGAAGCAAAGAUCACUAUUAAAACAAGUCCAAAACGCCGAAUUAACUGCUAUAGAUGAAGAGUCUGAUUCAAUCUUCCUUCUGAAGCUACAAAAAAAGAGACUGAAGAGGAAAAGGCAGUCAAAUCCAGUAAGUCUACAGGAGCCAUGUCUCUCGGUAGAAAUUGGGUUAAAAUCAAUUUACAUAGAAAAAUUGAAGAGGCAAUGCAAAUCUGAAAAGACUGACAAAAAUGCAAGCUCCAAUCAGUCUGUCAACAAAAAGACAAAGGAGACGAAAACUCGGUCUGACUUGUGUCCAGCUGAAGAACCUAGUGUUGCACCAGAUGUCAGCAAAAAUUCAGUUCCAGAGGCACAACAGAAAAGAAAAGGACCAUCAAGGUCGCCAGUCCUUGAGGGGCCUAAAGAGUUGAUGGGUUUCCAAUUCAGUCUGGCAAAAAUGGAUGAUUAUACGACAGAUUGUACAACUGAUGAAGAUUGGAUUCAUGAAAGCUCCAAUGAUAAUUUGAUAGUGACACAGUGA